CACGAGGUGUAUAUGACAGAUAACGCAAUUCGUGUGGACUUUUGGUGAGAACAAGUUUGCGAAUCUUAUCACUGGCGUUGGUGACAGUGGGGGAGAUGAGUUGGUCUGGAGACGAGACGGUGUUAGGUGAGAUGUGGCUAGUGACGUACGCCACUCGUGGACCGCGUGGGCCGAAACAUAGAACGGGACACGAAUUGCCAAGUCAAGACAUCCACGAAUGCUCACUUAGAUUCCCGAUUGUUUCUUUCCUCGCUGAUUCAAGUGUUCUUGAUGCGGUAGCGACUGCAUUACGCGUCUUUCAACAUGUCUGCGCCGACCACGUCAGACCCCAUACAACAAAGUGGUACUUUGUCCAAGUCGCAGAAAAAGAAACACAAAAAGAAGGCGGCUGCUGCGAGCAAGGCGGACGAGACAGACAGCAAAGUGAAUGGGGGGGACCACUCCAAGAGCGACGCCGAGGACCACGACGAAGAUGCCGAGGAUGAAGCUGGACAGACUGUACGCGAUGACCCAGACGCCGACGACGUAGACGACGAACAGCCUCCGCUAUCGCCUACCAUACAAACAAAUGGCACCCCACACCACAGCAUUUCCUCGGCGAUUGCCCUCGGAUUGGCACGCUCACGUUCGCAACAAGGCAUCUCUGCAUCCCCGCCGCCGCCGUCAGACACCAGCGCACGCCUGGACGCGAUAACCAAGGAGCGCGACGCGCUACGGCAACAAGUCACGGAGUUAAAGAGCGCUGCAACGUCCGAUGGCUCAAAUUCAAACUAUGAAGAAGAGAUACGAAGCCUGCGGGAGGAGCUCGACGAAGCCAACGAGGGCAAAGAGCACUUUGAGACACAGUACAAGAACUUGCUGGGCAGGGUCAAUACCAUCAAGACUAGCCUGGGCGAUCGAUUGAAGGCGGAUGCGGCCAGAAUCGAGGAAUUCCAAUCGCAAAUCUCCGACCUCGAAGAACAGACGCGCGAGUUACAAGAGAAUAACAAUAGCCUUACAGAGGAGCUCGCAAAGUUGCGACAAGAAAAGGAGGCUCAAGCAUCCGAGAUCGAGACACUGCGAAGCAGGUCGAACCUCUCACAACAAAACUGGAUCAAGGAACGCGACGAACUCAUUUCGCGCGAAGCAUACGCAAGAGAAGAGUUUGAAAAUGCCAAACAAGCCAUGCAAGACUGGGAAGUUUUGGCCAUGAACGAGCGGUCCCUGCGUGAAAACCUUGCUGAAAAGGAUGCCGAGCUGCGCGACCAACUCGAUUCGAUGAGAGAAGAGUAUGAAAGAGCUGCUAGGGACAGGGACACCAACAACCAAGCCGUAGAAGGUUUACAAAAAGCGCUACAAGAAGUCCAAAAUCUGCGGAAAGCUGAACUCAAAAAGUCGGUCGAAACCUACGAAUCGCAAAUCAACGAUCUCAGGAAACAAGUCCAAGCCGCCGAAUCAGCAUCCGCCACGGCCAAAGCCACCUUGGACCAAACGCAAAAAGAUCUCGAGCGCGCCCUGCCCUUUGAAAAAGAGGUCAAAGAGAAGAACCUGCUCAUUGGCAAACUCCGCCACGAAGCUGUAACACUAAACGAACAUCUGACAAAGGCGCUGCGCAUAUUGAAAAAGGGGCGGCCGGAGGAUAACGUUGAUCGGCAAAUCAUCACGAAUUACUUUUUGCACUUUUUGAGUAUAGAUCGGAGUGAUCCAAAGAAGUUUGAGGCGUUGCAGUUGAUUAGCGCGUUGUUGGGGUGGACGGAUGAGCAGAAAGAGCAAGCAGGUCUUGCCCGCCCCGGCACAGCUACCUCGAGUGGCAGCCUCCGCCUUCCUUUAUCGCCGUUCAGGCGCACGCCGUCGACGCCGAGCUUGAGUGCGGCGGCGGCGGAUCCCAUGCUCAUGGCUAGUAGCUCUAGUAACAAGGAGUCGUUGGCUGAGCUAUGGCAGGACUUCUUGGAGCGAGAGGCUGCCGAGGGCAAAGUUGGCGCGGAGAGGAGGGGGAGCAAUGUGUCCCGGGCGGGGAACACUGUAAGUCCACCACCGAGGACGGAGAGUGGGCUGGGGCUCAGUGGGAUGAAGUGAUACGCUGCAAGGGGUGUAAGAAUAAAGUUGCAUGUCUCAAGUGCACUUGGUAUGAUAGAUCGAAGGUGUGAAUGACACCUUGAACUGCUUCAGCUAGUCUUGAUCAGCCUGUGCUGUGUAUCCUAGUCCUUCAAGUAUCGUG